CGCCUGGCGGAAGGCCGAUCGCGCCUCCCCCUGAACUGGGCGGUGGCAGCGCGGAGAUGGUGGCGGCGGCGGCGGCAACAGCGGCUCCGGGAGGCAGCGGCGCUGGCAUGGACCCCCGGCUGGACCAGGAGACGGCCCGGUGGCUGCAGUGGGACAAGAAUUCUUUAACUUUACAGUCAGUGAAACAACUAAUUGCAGAAGGUAAUAAAGAAGAACUACAGAAAUGUUUUGGGGCUCGAAUGGAGUUUGGGACAGCUGGCCUUCGAUCUGCCAUGGGAGUGGGAGUUUCUCAUAUGAAUGACUUGACUAUCAUCCAGACUACACAGGGGUUUUGCAGAUACCUGGAAAAACAGUUCACUGACCUGAAGCAAAGAGGGGUCGUGAUCAGCUUCGACGCUCGAGCUCAUCCCGCAAGUGGAGGCAGUAGCAAAAGAUUUGCCCGACUUGCUGCAACCACGUUUAUCAGUCAGGGGAUUCCUGUGUACCUCUUUUCUGAUAUAACCCCAACCCCAUUUGUGCCCUACACAGUGUCACAUUUGAAACUUUGUGCUGGAAUCAUGAUAACCGCCUCUCACAAUCCGAAGGAGGACAAUGGUUAUAAGGUCUAUUGGGAGAAUGGAGCUCAGAUCAUCUCUCCCCAUGAUCAAGAGAUUUCUCAGGCUAUUGAGGACAAUCUAGAGCCGUGGCCUCAAGCCUGGGAUGACUCUGUAAUUAUUGGCAGCCCACUCCUUCACGACCCAAGUGCCUCCAUCAAUAAGGACUACUUUGAAGACCUUAAAAAAUACUGUUUUCACAGGAGUGUGAACAGGGAGACCAAGCUGAAGUUUGUGCACACGGCUGUCCACGGUGUGGGUCACAACUUCGUGCAGUCUGCGUUUAGAGCCUUUGACUUCGUUCCCCCCGCGGCUGUCCCCGAACAGAAGGAUCCCGACCCCGAGUUCCCAACCGUGAAAUACCCGAAUCCCGAAGAGGGUGAAGGAGUCUUGACUUUAUCUUUUGCUUUGGCUGACAAAACGAAGGCCAAAAUCAUUUUAGCCAACGACCCAGAUGCUGAUAGACUUGCUGUGGCAGAGAAACAAGACAGUGGUGAAUGGAGAGUGUUUUCAGGCAAUGAGUUGGGGGCCCUCUUGGGCUGGUGGCUCUUUACUUCUUGGAAAGAAAAGAACCAAGAUCCCAGUGCCCUCAAAGACACGUACAUGUUGUCCAGCACAGUCUCCUCCAAAAUCUUGAGGGCCAUUGCCUUAAAGGAGGGUUUUCACUUCGAGGAAACAUUAACUGGCUUUAAGUGGAUGGGAAACCGAGCCAAACAGCUAAUAGACCAAGGGAAAAAUGUCUUAUUUGCAUUUGAAGAAGCCAUUGGAUAUAUGUGCUGCCCUUUUGUUCUGGACAAAGAUGGAGUCAGUGCCGCUGUCAUAAGCGCAGAGUUGGCUAGCUUUCUAGCAACCAAGAAUUUGUCUUUGUCUCAGCAGCUAAAGGCCAUCUAUGUUGAGUAUGGCUACCAUAUUACCAAAGCUUCAUAUUUUAUCUGCUAUGAUCAAGACACCAUUAAAAAAUUGUUUGAAAACCUUAGAAACUACGAUGGGAAGAAUAAUUAUCCAAAAACUUGUGGCAGAUUUGAAAUUUCUGGCGUUAGGGACCUUACAACUGGCUAUGAUGAUAGCCAGCCUGAUAAAAAAGCUGUCCUCCCUACUAGUAAAAGCAGCCAAAUGAUCACCUUUACCUUUGCUAAUGGAGGCGUGGCCACCAUGCGGACCAGUGGGACAGAGCCCAAAAUCAAGUACUAUUCAGAGCUGUGUGCCCCCCCUGGAAAUAGUGAUCCUGAGCAGCUGAAGAAAGAACUAAAUGAACUAGUCAGUGCUAUUGAAGAAUGUUUUUUCCAGCCACAGAAGUAUAACCUGCAGCCAAAGGCAGAGUGAAAUAUUCCAGCCUUGGGCGUAAUUCCAGUUACACACAAUUGAGCUGAACUUGAUUUGUUAAGCAAUGUUUUUGAGGGCCAAAUGAUUGAAGCUAUCACUACAAGUAUUUAUAUGUUUUUUAAUAGACCUACAUUCCUCAUUGUUCUGUGUUUGAUCUUUAAAGUGAAUAAAGAAAAGAUGGCCAAGACCUAAAAAACCAACAUUCCUAUUAAAAGGUUGAGCCUGGGUAUUAUCUGAAUUAAAAAAUGAAGAUUUUAAAGAUAACUAACUUUCAAAAAUAUAUUAUAAUUAAUACGCUUUAAUUAGAAUAAAUAACAAAUAUGGCUUCUCCAUAAUUGUUUUUAUGAAUUAUUGAAAUAGCCAGAAAACGUAUACAGUUACCAAAUUCUGGGCUGUCAUGUGUAGGAUAGCCACUUCUUGGGUAUAUAUAUAUUUACAUUUGUUUACCUUUCUAUCAAUUGCUUAUAAAGUAAAAUAAAUGAACAGAUCAGAUGUUGUGUUCAUGUUUAGGGGAAAUACAAUUCACAGGAACCUGUAAAGUGGAGCAAAAGAUACUUUAAAAAAAUAAGCGUUUUUUGACCUAAAACUUUCUGGUUCUAAUAAUACACUGUUAUACAUUGUAUAUAUGCUAGGAAAAAACAGCUUAACCAUCUUUGUUCAAUGUGUUAACAUUCAUUUUAUCUCUUUAAAUCCUGAAUCAAACAAUUGGCUGUUGGAAACUUGCCAAGUACUUUUUGUCUAGUCUUUGCUGUAGUGCAAUUUAAUGUAAUUCUUGGUCGUGAGGCAGCAGGGACUAGAGGCAAUAACUAUUUACCUGACUGUAAUGUUUUUGCCUUGCUUCUACGUGAUUAAAAUCUAAAACCGGACUUUAUUAUAAUAGA